GCGCGUUCCAAUCAAACACGUUCAUUUAUAAGUUAUUUAAAGUAUUUCUUCAACUGAUGGCAUUACAAGCAUAGAUAUUGUGUGUUAUCAGAGAUUUAUUUAAGUAUGAAGAAGGCAUUUAAAAUCUAACUUCCGAAUACCCCAUCAAACUUCUGUCUGGGAAUAAUAGGCGCGUGGAUAUUCUUCUCAAAUAGUUUGUGGUUAUUGAUGGUUAUUAGUGAAAGUGUUUCUUAUUUUGAGUGAAAGUGAAGUAUGAAGUAGUGUAAAUAGUGCUGUGCCAAUGAUAAAACUGUAGACAAUUGUUUCAGUGCCUUAAAAUGGCGCAAGAACAGGACGAUAUCAAUUUAACAAAUCAAGAAUUGCAGGUGCUGUCGGAACUUGACAGCCGGCAAUUUGGAUUUCUGAAACUAAACACACCAGAACAAGUCAAGAAGAAAGAGUUAGUUCUUAAGGCGGUAAAAUAUCUUGAGCGAAUGCUGGUGCAGGCUCAGAGAGAGAAGGAACGAAAUAAACACUUGGCAUUGGAGGAAUGUGGGGGUGGUCAGCCGGCAGUAACUGCAGGCAAGGACAUCAACAUUGAUCCUAAGACAUACUGCAAACUCGGCCACUUCCACCUUUUGCUUGAGGACUAUGCGAAAGCAAUGUCAGCAUACCAGAAAUUCUUCAGCCUUAAGCAAGACUACUGGAAGGAUGCAAAUUUUUUGUAUGGACAAGGACUUGUGUACUUCCACUUCAAUGCCUUCCAGUGGGCAGUGAAGGCCUUUCAACAAGUGCUGUAUGUUGAUCCUGGAUUUUCCCGUGCAAAUGAAGUUCAUUUGCGGCUUGGGUUGAUGUUCAAAGUGAACAAUGACUGGGAUGCAGCACUGAAACACUUGCAACUGUCCCACAUUGAUGCUAGCCCAAGCACCUUCUCCAAGUUAGAGAUUCGUUUCCACAUUGCUCACCUGUAUGAAGUCCAAGGGAAAUACAAGACUGCCAAAGAGAAUUACGAGCAAUUGCUGAAGGAGAAGGACCUGCCUACACACUUGAAGGCUGACAUAUGCCGUCAGUUAGGGUGGAUGUACCACUGUGUGGAGUCGCUCGGAGAGAAGAGCCAGCGUGAAAGCGUGGCCAUUCAUUGUCUGCAGAAAUCGAUUGAAGCCGAUCCUAAGUCAGGACAGAGCCUGUAUUUGCUGGGACGCUGCUUUGCUAGCAUCGGCAAGGUGCAUGACGCCUUCAUUGCGUAUCGUAAUUCGGUCGAGAAAUCUGAAGGAAAUGCUGACACCUGGUGUUCAAUAGGUGUCCUCUACCAGCAGCAGAACCAGCCUAUGGAUGCGCUGCAAGCCUACAUCUGUGCCGUACAGCUUGAUAAAAGCCACACUGCUGCGUGGACAAACUUGGGUAUCCUUUAUGAGAGCUGCAACCAGCCACGUGAUGCAUAUGCCUGUUACGUGAAUGCAACACGUGGGGGAAGCUUAAGUCCAGGUGGGCCUGUGAGCCCAAACAAUAACAGCGUGAAUAGUAACGGAGGAGCCACACUGGUCGUGACAUCAACGCCGGGUGGCCGAGUGCCCGGGGGCAUGAAUCCUAACCUGGAGCAGAGAAUCAAGUUCCUACAAAGUCAUCUUGCCAAUCCACCCAUGCCUAGUGUUACCAGCAAACGUCGGCAAUUGCCAUCGAUAGAGGAGGCAUGGAACCUUCCAAUCUCUGCUGAAAUGUCAUCACGACAGCAGCAGCAGCAACAGCAACACCAGAAUUCAUCCAUUGUCCAGCACAGGACAAGUGGCCCUGCUUUUCAAAAAGGAUACACACAGGCUGGGCAGCAGCAGUUUCACAAUGGUGUGAAUGGUCAUCAUCAAGUUUCACCGCAGGGGCCACCUCCACCCUACCCAGUGCAGACAGCGAAUCAAGUGACAAAGAGAUUUAAGACUGGUGGAGAGGCGAUAGAGACGAGUCCACCUGGUGCGCAUGUUCCUCCGCCUGGCACUGCCCAACAAAGAACUGCCCCACCUCCAUUUUACCUGAAUCAGCAGCAGUUGCAGAUGCUGCAGUAUUUACAACAGAAUCCUGCCAAUCUUACACCUCAACAGCAGGGUUUACUGCAGCAGUUGCAGGCUCAGUAUAGAGCAAUGCAGCAACAUCAGCAGGUGAGGUUGCAGCAGCAGAGGGUCGGCGUUGUGCGAUUGCAACAGCAGCAGCCGCCGCAACCAAGUCAGUAUGGCAACUAUCAGCAGCAGAGUUCCGUCAUCAAGACAUACACCAUGCCACAGCAAACGCAAGGGACAGUGGCCCCACAGACUGGGUUUGCAGACACAAAUGUCGGUUACUCUGCGGCAGCCACUGCCAAUACACAACAGUCACCUGGAAUGCCUUAUAAGUCUGCUACAGUAGAGCACCAAUUGGCGUACCAACACCGCAGUGCCACACAACACCACCAGCAACCACAAUACCAGUAUGGUGGACAAGCAGCAACUACUGGCUACACACAGAUUUCAUCAACAAGCACACCCUCAUCCACCACACCACAAUCCCAGGAACCCGUAUCAUACCAUCACUCCUUUCCAUCCAGCUCUCCCUCGUCAAAGGAGAUGCCUGUCAGUGAUCAGGAACUGCAGGCUCUGCUGUCACAAAAAGAUAUUGCCACAUCACUUGCUGAAGAUCUGCUCAAACAAUUUGGUUCCAGUAGCGAUGACCUGGAUGUGAAGGAAGAGGAGUCUGCUACUGCAACACAGGGCAUUGUCAGUUCUGUGUCUAAUCAGAAUUCUACUAACACACUCAGUUCUGGUCCAUUUUCCCCUUCAAAUCUUCAAGACACGACAAUAAAUACCACCACUAAUAGUGUAAUUACGAUGAACUGUGCAGUGUCUACAACAGUAGAUAAUGUUCAUAUAAAGCAGUCACCAUCACCUGUAGCAUGUAGUCUGACCAGCCCAAAACCUCUGGAUCACCAGCAGAUAGGAACGCCAACACCAGCCAGUUUACUAUCAUCCAGUAUUGCAUCAUCUCCAGUGCAUGAGAGGUGUUCAGACACUCCCAAGCUUGAAGCAUCAAGUGUUCACAGGACCACGCCAACUUUGCGGCAAGACCUGAAGAUGGAAGCGUCGGUGCUUGAAGUAUGUGAGCCCCUGCCAGAGAUCGAGUACAACAUUGAGAUGGAUGCCAGAGCAGUGCUUGAAUCUUGCAAGGGCCAUGGUUUGAAUGGAGUUCCUAACUGCAGCAUUCUGUCUGAUAAGGCACCUCCACCACAACCUCCAGAACCACCUCAGCAACGGUUGACAAGAGAACAGCUCCUUCCCCCCACUCCUUCUGUUUACUUAGAGAAUAAAAAGGAUGCAUUUAGUCCACAGCUGCAGGAGUUCUGUCUUAAGCACCCAAUAGCUGUCGUGAGGGGCCUGGCAGCUGCUCUCAAGCUUGAUCUUGGCUUAUUCUCAACAAAGACGCUUGUUGAAGCAAACCCAGAUCACAGUGUCGAGGUACGAACUCAGAUGCAGCAAACGUCAGAUGAAAAUUGGGAUCCACAGCUGGGCCGCAAAGUCUGGGCUUGCAUCAGCCAUAGAUCCCACACCACAAUUGCCAAAUAUGCACAAUACCAGGCUUCAUCAUUUCAGGAGAGCUUGAAGGAGGAGCGUGAGAAGGCGGCCGGCAUUCAUAACAGCAAUUUAUCGGACUCAGACUCGAAGGACUCGACCGGUAACGUGGUUCGUAGUUUGGGAGGAGGUGGGGGCCCAGGUGGAACAGGAAAAACAGGACCCAAGAUGCUUCGAUUUGGGACCAAUGUUGAUCUCUCGGAUGAGCGAAAGUGGCGACCUCAGCUGCAGGAAUUGAUGAAGCUUCCUUCAUUUGCCCGUGUUGUCUCAGCAUGUAACAUGUUGUCUCAUGUUGGUCAUGUCAUUCUUGGCAUGAACACUGUCCAGCUCUACAUGAAGGUGCCAGGCAGCAGGACACCUGGCCACCAAGAGAACAACAACUUCUGCUCAAUUAAUAUCAAUAUUGGCCCUGGGGACUGUGAAUGGUUUGCAGUGCCAGAUGCUUACUGGGGUGUAGUGUAUAGCUUAUGUGAGCGGAACAACAUCAAUUAUCUGCAUGGGUCGUGGUGGCCUUCACUAGAAGAUCUCUAUGAGGAAAACAUUCCUGUAUACAGGUUCCUCCAGCGCCCUGGUGACCUUGUUUGGGUUAAUGCAGGAUGUGUCCAUUGGGUACAGGCAGUGGGGUGGUGCAACAACAUAGCAUGGAAUGUGGGCCCCCUUACAGCACGCCAAUAUCAACUUGCAAUUGAGCGCUAUGAGUGGAACAAGCUGCAGAGUUUCAAGAGCAUAGUUCCCAUGGUGCAUCUCUCUUGGAACCUUGCUCGCAACAUUAAAGUGUCGGAUCCAAAGCUCUUCGAGCUCAUCAAAAACUGUUUGCUACGGACAUUGCGUCAAUGUUCACUCAUCUUGGAAUUUGUCAAGUCCAAGGGAGUUGAAGUGCGUUUCCAUGGGCGAGGAAAGAAUGAAGCAUCUCACUACUGUGGGCAGUGUGAGAUUGAGGUGUUCAACAUCCUGUUCAUACGUGAGCAGGAGAAGCGUCAUGUGGUGCAUUGCAUGGAUUGUGCCCGUAAGCAGGCCCCAGGUUUGGAGGGUUUCGUGUGCCUAGAGGAGUACCGCAUGGAUGAGCUGUGUGAGGUGUUUGACCACUUCAUGCUGCAACCUGUGCAGAGUCCUGGCACCAGCCAGGUUGGAAAUCUUGUCUCAUGAUGACGGGAGUCAGUAGCAGUCGACUGAUGGGAUGGAUUUUUCCGGUCUUUCCCAAUUAACGGAAUCUUGGAACAUUGAAUAAUAUGGCAUCUGUCUUGUUCAGUAGCCAUUGUGUUAGAGGCACCAAAAGACACGUGCAUAAUUUAUGUUAUUAUAAAGGCAUUAGACAAGAAAUAUAUUCGAAACCAAUUUUAAUUUUAUAUUGGUGAUGACUGUGAAGAAUACAUAUAUGAUCUCAGAACAUAUUUUAACGAGUUAGAAGAAGAAUUGAGCAAUGUAACAAGAUAGACAUGAUGAACAUGUGGCCGGGAUAGAAGUGGCAUGUAUAUCAGUUUUAAAGGUUAAGUUGAAAUUUGUCCUCAUGUACAUAACAUAGAAUUGAAGAUAAUGUAAGAAAUUACUUAUGUAUGAAACAGAAGAAUAUGCAAGGUGGAGAUAAUUUAGUUCAUCAAAGAAUUUUGGGUGGAUGUAUAAAGAAGAGCUGUACAAACUAAAGUGGUAGACAUUUGUAAAUAAAAGUGACUUAAAACUUUAUAUGAAAUGGGGGAAAGAAGUAACAUCGAAAACAAAAAGAAAACUUCUGAAACGGGUGAUCUCAUGGAAUAUUUCCCCCCCUCUACCACGCUUGUAACUUAUUGAAGAGGAUGCUGAAGUCCAUCAUAUUUGGCUGCUCUCAGAAUACCGAAUGCUUUAAACUGGUAAUUUCAGUUCUGGAAAAUAAAAAUGCUGGUUAUUUUUAUGCUCUGAAAAGAGAAAUUGUGAAUGGAAUGUGAAGUACAUUGAAAUCAAAGAUUUCCAAGGAAAAAAUCAUAUCCAUUGUUACACGAAAAACAUGUUUUGCAUGUUUCACUUUGUUACUUGUGUUGAAUUAUUUCUCUUUUUUAGUGUCUUUCACUGGAGGAAUGUUUCUACCCUUUUUAGUGAAUAUGAAAAAAAUUGUGUUCUUUCUUAUAGAUUGUGUGCCUGGUAAAGCUACAUAGAGUCAAGCCAUUACAAGCUAUGGGGCAUUAAAUUUUAGAACGAUGGCCCACAUCAGACUUGUUUUCUAUAUGCCAUGGCAUUUUUCUUAUUUAAGUGAAGAACUCAAGUGAUGCAAUAUACUUUAAGAAAUGUGAUUUUUGUGAUAAAAGACUGAUGUUUCACUGCCAAAAACUUAAACCUGACUUUUUUUAAUGCAGGAAAUAAAUUAUACCAUUCAGUUGAGUGCACACAUGUACCACUGCCUGUGUAUUGAGUUUAUUCUCCAUAAGAAUGGUGUUGGGGUUGGUUUUAAGGUCAAUCUGAUGUUUCAGUUAGGGCUGGCCAUUUCUUUUUCUCUCUUGUUUCCUAUUAUUCUACCUAAUUCAUGGAUGUGGUUUUCAUGUGGCCAUUAUACUUAUGGUUACAAUGUGUUUAAUACGAAGGAAAGCUGACAUUGUCUUUUGACGUAAGUUUGUGUGCUGUUUAUUGUUUUGUGGCUGUCCAAAGUGAUACGCAACAUGGUAGUUCCAACUGCAUAGUUUGAACAUAAAAACUUUUGUAAAGGGGAAUUUUUUUGUUCUUUUUGGCUGGUUUAAAUUUAAACAAGCUUGGAAUACCAGAAUACACAUAAUAUCCUCAUGCAUUCCUUGCAGUGUGCACUUAAAGGUAUUAAAUCUGACUUGUUUGAUGGUUCCCACUUCGGCCAUGAUGUCACAGCACCCCAGUGUUUACCAUACAGAUUCCCUCAUGUUAUUUUGUUAUAACCACUCAUACGAUAUUUGAAAGUAUGGUUUUAAGGUCGUGCAGAAUAGCACAGUCUCCAUAUAAAUUUCAUUCAAAUCCAUCCAUUGGUUCUCGAGUGGAAUAGACUGGACUGACAGAUAUGACCAACCCAUAAAGCGUUCUUGAUAUGCCCUUAAAGCAAAGAACAUGUAAUAAGGAUGAAAAUACGCAGUUACGAUGAGUAAAUCAAAUUUAGGAAUGCUACAUAACUGCAUCAUGAUUUAUUUUCAGUUUAUAUGUAAUUGAAAAGUAAGAUACAGAUUUGUAACCACUAAAUGUAACAGAAAAGCUCCAGUUCAUUUGAAAAACUGCUAAAUACUGCUAUUCUCUCUUGUUUCCACCAGCUGUUUUCAUGAAUGGUAAAAUUAAAGUCAGAUUAACUUUUAUUAAGGUGGUAUCAGAUUUGAUUUUAAUGUUGAGAUAUAUCUUUUUCUGCAUUUCCUGUAUUAAAAUGUGUCUUUUGCAUGUCCAAUGAUUGGAACUUUUAUAUACUCCUAUAAAGUUCAGAACAUUUAUAUCAAAGUAUGUUAACCUGAAUAUGCUACAGAAAGUUUUAUACCUCUAAGGUACUAACAGUGGUGUUUCAUUUCCACAUACUCUUGUACAUCUGUGAGUGUAAGUGUUAUGGUACAUUUCAUAGGCAAAAGUAAUCACUGAUAUGAAUUCUUUUUUAAUUCUCUCAAUUUUGCACUGAGUUUGAGUUCAGGUACUUCUUUAAUGCAUUAUUUAUAAAGAUGUUGCCUUAACAUUGGAUAUUUUGACCUUCUAGUUGCCGACCAUUUGGCAUGGUUCCAGUGCAGGUCCAUUUUGGGCGAAUUGUUGAGUUAGUGGCCCUUGGUGGACUAAUGGUUAGCGUGCUCGCCACUGGACCCAAGGUAGCACAACUUCCUUCAUAGAUUUGUCAUAGAUUUAUGACAUGUAAAAGAACCUUACGAGCACAAUACGAGAUGUUUUGUAAGCAAAAUUUAGCAGCCAUUUCUCACCCAAGACUCCAUAUUAACUUCUAGAUGGCUCUGGCAGUCAAAUCAAUAUUGAGUAGAAAUUGUGCAGAGUCAGUGGGCUGGUCACUCAAUACUUCAUGACCACUACCAAGAAACCUCAGAAAAGGAGGUGACGAAAACCCACAACGGUUGUAGAGCUGAGAAACAACUUGUUGGGUUAGGAAAUUUGAGUGGACUGAUUAUUGUAGCAUUACCAUGGAUGUGGUUAUAUGUGUCAUGUUUGAGGACAGUUCAUUCCUUUAUAUUUCAGUAACCAGCAGCAUACACUGAACACUGGCCAAAUGUGACUACCAUAAUGAAAAAUUCAUAUAAAAUAAAACCGUCAAUGCAACAGGCUACGAGAGUAAGUGCAACGCAAGUGAGUUAUAGCAGAAGUAAACUUUUAGAAAGAAUAGAGAAAUUACUGUUGCUAUGGGUGGAUGAUAUGAAUCGAAAAAACAUUCCCUUGACUGGAGUUUCAAUUUACGCCGGUUCCUCCAGGAACGCAUACCCGGCGUAAAUCGAGGAUUACCUGUACGUGGUUAAGACCCAAUUGUAUUGUAUUACACAAUAUAUUUUCAAGCGUAUGUUCGUUAAGGAGUCUAUUCUUAACAAAGCAUGAAUGCUUAAUUUGUGAGUGGUAUGUUUUCAGUAUUCUUAACUGCCAACCCUGAUCACUCUUGUAGGGUGCUAAAUCCAAGUAUAUUUGGUUCCAGUUAAUAUUUUUGUUAUUCUGUUAUGUGAUUUGGGAAUGUCUGAACUCUAUGAAAACAGGCUGAGAAGACAGCUGUUCACAUUCAGUCAAGGACAAAGCAUGCCACUUUUAGUUGGGGAAGGAAUCUGAGCUGAGUUCUACCAAGUUGCCUAUUGCAGUAUUUGUCUGUCAAUGUACCUGAAUCCUUCAACAUGGAAACAAGAUUCAUAGUGUAGUGUUCGGCUCUGUGACUUGUGCAAACCUGAUUGAAAGCAGCGAGGCAAAGUUUUGUACAUGUGCACAAAGUCAAGAUUUUUGUAGAAAAUGUUUGCACUUUCAUUAAAAUUUGAUUUCUGAAAUCUGAGGAGAUUUCCUCGUCUCUUCAUGAGCCAGCUGUGCCUUUUUUUAAGGUGGGUGGGUGGGGGUGGGCUUCAGCACUUCUAUUGUCAUUCAAGAAAGUAAACCAAAAUGACACCAUUUAUAUGGUGGCCAGGUAUGUCACUUCUUAUGAGCAGAGCUGUUUUCCUUUGCAACGUUGAGCUAUCAGUUGGUGUAUGAUCUGCAGUGGUUAUUAAUUUCCAUGGAGGAGGACUUCAUAGCAUUGUCAAUGAAACAUUUUCUAAUCAUGUUUUUUCAUUUUACUUUUUUUCAAAUAAACUUUGCAUUGACUACUUGCUCUGAGGGUGGGUGUAGGGUUUGGGAUACACAUGCUUCUGUUGUUCUUUGUUCUUAUGGAGAAUAAAUGUGAGCCUGUUGAGAAUUUUGCCACCAUGCUUGUUCAGUUGUAAUACACUGCCAUCAUAUAUCACGAGGCACACCUGGUGGAGACUCGUGAAAAGUGAAGUAAGCAAUCAAUCACUGCCGUGAAGAAACAGCAUCAUGAACUUUAAAUAAUAAAUGUGCAUGCUUCUUGUUAAAUUUUGAAAGUGAUAAGUAAAUUGAGUGACAUAAUGUUCUAUGAGAGGCUGAGAUGGUUUAUAUUAUGGUUUUUAAAAAUCAAGCUUGAGAAUUGGUAGAUUUAUGUAAAUAGUACAUAGCAAUGAAGGAGAGUGAUAUAACAGAUGUUGUUUUUCAGUAGGACAUAAAAAGAUACAGUUAUAUGAUGAAAAAGUGAAAGUUUUUUAAUGAAAUCAAAUCCUUAUUUUUCCUCAUGUAUAAAAGAUGAAAAAGUAUCUUUGUUUUAUUUAGCAUAAACUGUAUUAAUUUAAUUUAGUGUUUUAAUUUCCAUGUGUGAGAUGUUAUUCAUAAUUGCCAAGUGCCACAAUAUUGUCAUAAGAGUAAUGUAUGCCAUUCACACCUCAAUCCCAUAACUGCUACCACUGCCAGCACUCAGGACUUUUGGAAAUGAAGUAGCAUUACUUUGGUUUAGCUACAGUUUUGAUUGUCCACUUGUUACAGAUUAUUUCUAAAUAUAAAGGCAAUAAAUAUGUUUAACAAGUGAAUA